AGUCCCGGCUGUAGCUGCUGCAGGCACGGAUGUGCUUUCACAUGUUGGAGUAGUGGUGGCAUAACCUUGGUUUACUCGUUUCUUCUUUCUCUUUUUCACAUUUUUCUUCAAAUUGCAAAAAUGCAGGCUGCUAUGGAAAUAACAGCAAAGUACUGCCAUAAAGAGAUGGAGUCAUAUGGAUCAUGUGUAGCAUCCAACCCGUCAACAUGGCAACUAAAGUGUCAUGAACUGAAGAUGAAGGUUUCACAAUGUACAUCAUCACACCCAGUGAUCCAGAAGAUCAGACAGGACUGUGCCAAAGAGUUUGUAGACUUUGAGAAAUGCCUGAAAGAAAAUCAGGGCACACCUGUCUCCUGCACAGCACAUGUAGCACGAUUCCUGGGCUGUGCAGAAACAGUGGACCUCAGUAAAGUGGAAACAAAUCCAGUAGCCCCGCCAUCUUAGGAUUCAACAUUGUCCUUCAUGAGAUCGCACCUGUACAUUCAGCAGCACAGCUGGGUUGGCUUCACAUCUGUCCCAGACAUAUUAUUAUCUUUGCUGUGACCGCCAAACUAUCUGUUUUUCAGUUAUAGCCAGUACUCGAGUUGUAAAAAAAAAAAUAAUCAGGGGGGGAUGGUGGAUUUUAUCAUAUGGGGACAGAUAAUUUGUGCUGAUUACAAAUAAUAUAAUAUAUUACAAAUAAUAGCACUGACCAAAACACCUGCAGAAAUACUGCAGGAAUGAUAUAGCAGCAGUUAAAUGCAGCCUUCUGUAAGCUUUAAAUAUACACUGGGCUUACAUCAAAUACAUCAA